GCGGCGUCGACUCUCCUGUCACCGCCCUAGCUAAUAAGUAACCCGAGAUUGACACAUCAAAUCGACAACUUCCCGCCACAUUGAAAGAAAGCAGGUCAAGAUGAGCGCAAUCAGUUGCCAUUUAACGUGGAAGUCCUUAAAAGAAUACGCACAAGACACCAAGAAGCUAGAGUUGGACUUGCCCCAUAUCGAAGAACAUUACAACGAGACCCUCACCCUCCUCACAAUGCGUUAUGGCAACAUCAGAGGUUUCAUGCUAUUCAACUUAGACCAGUCUAGGGAAGCCGAGAAGUCGUUUCGAAAAGUCUUAGAGGUCGAUCCCUACAACUUGAACGCCAUGGGAAAUCUAGUCGUUCUGUAUGAGGCACAGUUCAUGUAUGGAAAGGCUCGGGAGAUGCAAGCAAAACUCAAAGCCUUGCUGGCAGAAGGUGGGACCAAGGGCGAGGCGAGACAAGCAAGGGCCAUCGCAGAGCAGGCCUUCGCUAUCCAGUGGUUUGAACAAGACAAGCGUGAUUUCGGACAUCUCACGUAUUUUGAGGAGGCAGCCCGAAGGUCUGAGCACGCCCUACCAGAAGAGAAGGUAGCGUGGAAGUUCCAGUGUGGUCUGGCCGUCUACAGGCUCUGUCUGCAGCUGCUACAGGCAAAGGCACCACUAGGGAACAUCUUGUCCACACGAUGCAAGGCUUUGUCAUACUUUAACGACGCCAUACACGUGUACGAGGAACACAGACCUGAUAACUCUAGAGACGCUGCUCUGUGCUGGGUCUUCAUCGGCAUUAUCGUUCUGGAUACCGAGGAGUCAGAGAGACAUGAUCUUUUCAAUAGGAGUCAUGUUGCGGAGACCACACCAAAGGAUUGCUUCGACACAGCGUUGGGCUUGAGUCGAACUCCAUAUGUUGUAAGAAGGAUAGGGGAGCAGCUGGGAAGACCUGAACUGAAAGAAUACGCCAAGGCAUUGGGAAUGUUAGACGAAGCACUCGAGCAAAACCCCAGGCGAUGUGGGUGGUUCUGCCAUGACAGGAAGGGAAUCAUAUUCUUUACCAUGUUCAAACAUAAAACAUCUUUGCAAGAACAGUCUCCGGAUUCAAUGCUGCAAGAGGCUCUGACAAACUUUAAGAAGGCGGUGGGAUUUAAGGAAACUUAUAGUGACUACGACUACAUAGGACAGAUUCACUUGGAGCUCGGUGACUACCAGUCCGCCAUCUGUGCGUUCAGGCAAGCUGUUAAUCAUGGGAUUGACGAUCGUUGUAACCCAGGUUUGACACACAGACUGUGGGCUAAGUGUCUGGAACAGUUGGAUGAAUUUGAAGGCGCGGAGGAGCAGCAUUUCACAGCCAGAAUUGUCGAGCAGAAACUUGCCCAAUCUAUGCCUGGUCACCCAAUCCCUGGGCUCGAUACUCUCAGGUCACUGUCAGCGUUCCGUCAGGUGGAGAUGCCAAGAAACAAACAGGGAUACAAGUACGACUUCUUCGUGUCAUACUCCAGUAAGGACGACGAGUGGGUGGUGGGCGUUCUGGUCAAGACAUUGGAGGAGACAUACGGGUUUAAAGGCCUGGUGCAUGACAGGGACUUCCAGGUACGGUUGCAACUUGAUGUUAUAAGGACAAUGUGGUAAUAAGGCCUUGUGGUAAGGCUAGUAUGAAGUC